GGGGGUGGGGAAGAGAGGGUUCUCUCUCUGAGCGGCAGCCAUCCCCCUGUCUGGCGAUUGUACGCGCAAUUGGACGUGCUGCAAGCCUGCGAUUGCGAGAGCCCGACCUAGUGUGUGCCUUCGACCGGCGAAGGCGUCGAGGUUGGCCAAGCCUGACUGGAUAUUGUAGGACUAUUUUCUCUCAAUAGGCCAUACCUAGGGAGUUAUGGCUGGUCGUUCAGUUCCACCACCAGGCAUGAUGCGUCAUGGUCCAUUUCCUGGGGGGUUAGGUCCAGUUGCUCAUCGUCCAUUGGAACAACCAUCACCUCAUCUUGAACUUCUAGAAAACAAGGUGGCUGUUCAAGCAGCAGAAAUGGAGAGACUGGCUAGAGAAAAUCAGAGGUUGGCAGCAACACAUGUCACCUUGAGACAGGACCUUGUUGUUGUCCAAAAGGAGCUACAGAGAUUAGACUUACAUGCUGGUAGUGUAAAAGCAGAAAGGGAACACCAGAUUAAGGGUAUGUUGGAUAAAAUGAUGAAAAUGGAAGCAGAUCUGCGGGAAGGGGAGGCCAUAAAAGUUGAGCUGCAGCAGGCACACCGAGAAGCUCAAAGCUUGAUUGGCUUGAGACAAGAGCUGAAUACCAGAAUUCAACAGAUGACCCAGGAGUUACAGAGAAUGCAUGCUGAUAUCCAACAGAUACCUACAAUGCACAAAGAGUUAGAGGGAUUGAGACAAGAGCAUCAACGAUUAAGGUCCGCGUUUGAGUAUGAAAAAAGUUUAAAUAUAGAGAAAGUAGAACAGAUGCGUGCGAUGGAGAAGAACCUGGUGUCCUUGGCAAGGGAAGCAGAAAAGUUGCGUGCUGAUGUGUUGAAUGCAGAGAAGAGGUCAUAUGCGCCAAACAUAUAUGGGGGCAUCUACAGCGGCUCCGUUUCAGCAUAUGCACCCAACCAAGGCAGUGGAUAUGUAGAUGGAUAUGGAAGACCUCAGGUGCACAUGGGUGGUGGUGUGGGCGAGGGCAUGAGUCCAUACAUGCCUACUGGUGGAAGUGGUGCUGGGGAUGGCGCUGCAUCUGUUGCUUCUGGUACUGUUAGUGGAAGUGGAGCUGCUGGCAAUUGGACUGGACCUUAUGAUGCUGUCAGAGGAGCACCUGCAUCAGCUCAGCCUCAGAGAUGAAUUUUUGCAUCUUGAACUUGAUGCAUGAAGCCUAACCAACCAUGUUUUCAGGAUCAUACAUUACAUCUGACUUCUGUGGUCGAUGUAUAAAUGUAUAACGCCGAUGAUGGCAUUUGUUAAGGCGUGGAUUUGUAGAAUCUGAUCGUAGUGUGUUGGUCUUCUUUGUUCCUCGUCCUUCGAAAGGAUUUUGGCUUCCCAAUGUCCCCUCUACAACUAUACUGAUUAGAUAAUGAAAUCAAUAGUUAGGAAACA